AUGGCAAAAUUAUUUUGUUGUGGAAAGAAACAACCAAGUCGACGUACUUUGACUAAACUAAAAGAAGAGAAAGAAGAGGAGUGCAAUAUAAAUUUAUCAUGGCCAUGGGAAGAGACACGAGAGGCUCUUUCAAAAUCUCCAUUUGCCAACAUUGCUAAUGAAAUUAUUAUAAAUGUAUUUCAGUUUCUUUCUGUACCUGAUCUUGAUAAUGUUUCUCUGCUUUACGAUAAUCCUGUACGAGCGGUACGAAGACCCUGCAAAAAACGAUAUGAAGGUCCUGUAGAAUUUAUAGGUACACUUUGUCAAUGUGAUACGAAAGCCCUGGAAAUCCGUCUAUCAGUUGAUAUUAAUACAACAGCUCCUCAUUUGAUAUUAUUAUUGAAAAAAGCAUCUUGUUUUCAACAACAAUGGGAACAAUUACAUAUAUUAAAACAAAUGAUAGCAAGAUAUUAUCGAUUUAUGCAAUUAAAAGCAUCUAAUAAAUCAGAUACUCUUCUAAUUCCUACAUUAGAUAUUGAAAUUGUUUGGCAGACUCAUUUACUUCGACCUAAAAUGUAUCGAAAUGAUUGUAUUCGUUUAUUUGGUUUUGUUAUUGAUCAUUCAUUGCUUCAUAAUAAUUAUAAUCAUGCAUCUACUAAUAAAGCACAGGCGUUUUUAGAUACAUAUGAAUUGUAUGAACAACGAUUCGGGAAACAUUAUUGCUCAUUAUCAUCAUGUAGAAAGAGAAAUCCAGUAGGGUGCGGAAACGAUCAUAUUUCAUCAUUGUUUUGCGAUAAUGAAGUUUAUUCUUAUUGGGAUGAAACGUUUUAUGAAUUUUUACCAAAACCACCAAAAGAUUAUAAAAAUCCUUUUUCAUUUACUACCGAUGACAUCCUUAGUGAUUGGAAAUGGCUUUAUUUAUGUAAACAAUAUAUAUCUCGUGCAAACAAGCUUUCAAUGGGUAAUGAGGGUUUCGUUCAUUACCCAACAUAUAUUAGUUUAGAACCGGAAGUAUUGGAACCAUUGAUGAAAUCUUAUGAAAGAUUUUUAUAUAUGGCAGCUAAACAUCCAAUGAAGAAUAAAAAUGGCGUUAUACCACCCACACCCGCAGUAAAUAUUGGACUAUUAAAAAAUUUAAGUUUUGUUCGUUUAUUUCAGAUCGAUAUCAUUUGGCGUACGCAUAUGCAACAGCCAUUAGAUUAUGUAGCUGAUUGUCGUCGUCUUGUUGGUUAUGUUAUUUAUCAUAAUCCUUGGCCGAUUAUUGGAGAUAAAAUCAUGAAAAAAUCAUGUGAUCAAAUUAAUCAAAUUUGGAAAGAUGAAUUUCGACGUGAUAUAGAAACAGAUCAUGUUCGUGGUACAGACGCGUGUAGACGCCGGAGAAUGCAUCCUAUUCCGCGAUGUUGA